CGCGAAGGCUACUGCGUGGUCCGUGGUGAUUUUAGGAUAUGGGAUGUCGACAGAAUGGGCCGUUUCCAAUAUGCGUUGCUCUAAAGAUGAAAACGUUUUCAGCAAUGGCUCUGCCACUGUAACAUAUCAUCUUUUCAAUGGAGUAAUCAGCAGAGGUUCUUGUCCACAGUUUGGAGGUGGAAAAACCAUUUCAAGGUAUAUUUUCUCAUGUUCUGCUACUGUGCCUAUAAGUGUGUGGAAAUCUGCUGUGUUAAAGAUCUAGAACAAUAAUGUUGACUUCAUACUGUAAUAAUGCAACAAUGUAAGUGGACUUGGUAUAUACUCCUAACCUGUAUACUCCUAACAAAAACCCUAACAUGUAUACUCCUAACCUGUAUACUCCUAACCCUAACCUGUAUACUCCUAACCUGUAUACUCCUAACCUGUAUACUCCUAACCCUAACCUGUAUACUCCUAAACCUAACCUGUAUACUCCUAACCCUAACCUGUAUACUCCUAACCCUAACCUGUAUACUCCUAACCCUAACCUGUAUACUCCUAACCCUAACCUGUAUACUCCUAACCCUAACCUGUAUACUCCUAACCUAACCGUAUACUCCCGUAUACUCCUAACCUGUAUACUCCUAACCCUAACCUGUAUACUCCUAAGAAUCAACCCUAACCUGUAUCUACCUAACCCUAACCUGUCUCUACUACCUAACCCUAACCUGUAUUAACUCCUAACCUGUAUACUCCUAACCCUAACCUGUAACUCCUAACCCUAACCUGUAUACUCCUAACCCUAACCUGUAUACUCCUAACCUGUAUACUCCUAACCCUAACCUGUAUACUCCUAACCCUAACCUGUAUACUCCUAACCCUAACCUGUAUACUCCUAACCCUAACCUGUAUACUCCUAACCUGUAUACUCCUAACCCUAACCUGUAUACUCCUAACCCUAACCUGUAUACUCCUAACCUAACCUGUAUACUCCUAACCCUAACCUGUAUACUCCUAACCCUAACCUGUAUACUCCUAACCCUAACCUGUAUACUCCUAACCCUAACCUGUAUACUCCUAACCCUAACCUGUAUACUCCUAACCCUAACCUGUAUACUCCUAACCCUAACCUGUAUACUCCUAACCCUAACCUGUAUACUCCUAACCUACUACACCUGUAUCUCCUAACCUAACCUGUAUACUCCUAACCUAACCUGUAUACUCCUAACCUAACUGUAUACUCCUAACCUGUAUACUCCCUAACCACUAACCUUAACUCCUAACCCUAACCUGUAUACUCCUAACCCUAACCUGUAUACUCCUAACCUAACUUAACCUAACUGUAUACUCCUAACCCUAACCUGUAUACUCCUAACCCUAACCUGUAUACUACUCCUAACUGAUACUCUAACCAACCGGUAUACUCUAACUGAUAUCUAAUAACUGUAUAUCCGAACCUAACCUGUAUACUCAACCCUAACCUGUAUCAUCCUCGUUACUAACCCUAACCUGUAUACUCAUACUGUAGUUUCCAAAUAAAAAAUAAUGAAAAUCUGUAGUUUCUAACAGUCAAACGGUUUUGUUAUAUUUCAGUCUUCCUUUAUGUAUAUAAAGUGUAAUAUUGGGAUGCAAACUCAUUAAAUGACCUAGUAUGAUGGUACAUUGAUCAGUUAUACAAUUUAAAGUCGUUAUUUUUGCGGUUUUGGCCAAAGUUGAUCUUUAAAGUAACUGUCCAGUGUUUCCAAAUUUCUAUGAAAUAUGACUUAUAAUUAAUUACAAGUGAAAUAGUUUUCCUUCCAAAAAAUGGUACUUAAGUAUGUUGAAAAGCAGCUUUUCUGUGUUGGAAUGGUGUGGGUGUACCCCAACAAGUGAAUGGUGUGGGCGUACCCCAACAAGUGAAUGAUGUGGGCGUACCCCAACAAGUGAAUGGUGUGGGCGUACCCCAACAAGUGAAUGGUGUGGGCGUACCCCAACAAGUGAAUGGUGUGGGCGUAUACCGGUCAUAAAAAAUAUUCAUAUGAGUAGACCGCUGAUUGGCCAGCUCAUCCUCCUCAGCAGGAUGUUUGAGACACAAGCCUUCCAGUUAUACUGUGUUUUCAAAAUAUCCCUCCAAUUAUGGGGGGGGGACCCUCCACACCCCCCUGUUUACACUCUUAUAAUUAUUUUUCUCUAAAAGGGUUCUUCGGCUGUCCCCAUAGGGUAACCCUUUUUGGUUCCAGGUAGAACCCUUUUUGGUUCCAUAUAGAACUCUCUGUGGAAAGGGUUGUUCAUGGAACCCAAAUGGGUUCUACCUGGAACCAAAAGGUUUUCUAAAAUAUCUACACCAGAAUUCCGCCCUUGGUGGAACCCCUCAUAAGUGGCGCAGGCAGGGUUGUGGGUUCGAUUCCCACGGGGGGCACUGCAUCGCAGUGCUAGCUGUGCCACUAGAGAUCCUGGUUCGAAUCCAGGCUCUGUCGUAGCCGGCCGAGACCGGGAGACCCAUGGGGCGGCGCACAAUUGGCCCAGCGUCGUCCAGGGUAGGGGAGGGAAUGGCCGGCAGGGAUGUAGCUCAGUUGGUAGAGCAUGGCGUUUGCAACGCCAGGGUUGUGGGUUCGAUUCCCACGGGGGGUAUGAAAAAAAUAUAUAUAUUAUGUAUGCACUCACUAACUGUAAGUCGCUCUGGAUAAGAGCGUCUGCUAAAUGACAAAACAUGUAAAAAAAUAACAGUACUGUAUAUUCCUAACCUGACUGUUCUUUGUGUGCGUAGUGUUUAAGAAGUUGUCAGAGACGGGUGGAGCGCCUCAGAUCAUCCAUGGUCUAGUGAUCACCCUGCUGGUCCUGUGUCUGCUGUGCUCUGCUGGCAGCAUCCUCAUCGCUCUGUAUAACAGCGUCAGUAACCCCUACCAGACAUACAUGGGACCCAUAGGCUCUACACAUGCAGCUCUGGCAGUGGUAAGAUCAAUCAAGUUCGCAUCAAAAUCAAGCCAGUCCAUCAGCGACACACACCUAUUUAGUCCCAUAUUAAAUACCUGAAGGUUGUGGGUUCAAACCCUAUGACCGCCUUUCACACUUUCUCUCCUCCUGGCCUGUAUCCCCCUCUCUCUGUAGUAGUAGUACUAAUAGUAGUUUUAACUCUUUGUGACUAAGUUAACAUGUAGGCUAGUAGUAGUAGUACUAAUAGUAGUUUUAAUUCUUUGUGACUAAGUUAACAUGUAGGCUAGUAGUAGUAGUAGUACUAAUAGUAGUUUUAACUCUUUGUGACUAAGUUAACAUGUAGGCUAGUAGUAGUAGUACUAAUAGUACUUUUAACUCUUUGUGACUAAGUUAACAUGUAGGCUAGUAGUAGUAGUACUAAUAGUACUUUUAACUCUUUGUGACUAAGUUAACAUGUAGGCUAAUAGUACUUUUAACUCUUUGUGACUAAGUUAACAUGUAGGCUAGUAGUAGUAGUAACUAAUAGUAGUUUUAACUCUUUGUGACUAAGUUAACAUGUAGGCUAGUAGUAGUAGUACUAAUGGUAGUUUUAACUCUUUGUGACUAAGUUAACAUGUAGGCUAGUAGUAGUAGUACUAAUAGUAGUAGAACUCUUUUUAACGUCCCCUUUGUUCUUUGCUCCAGCGUGCAUCUCCUUCCUGGUGCUCAUCCUGUACGUAGUUAACGUCCAGCUGAGCAGAAUGGCCGACGACCUGGUUCAGAACGACGUGGGAGUUACUCCAGUCUACCUGAAGGACAAGACCUCGGAGUUCAAGGUGGGUUACUACCUGCUGAUCCCCUACACGGUGCUGAGUCUGCUAGCAGUCCUCCUGGUGUACCUGUACGAGCACGCUGCCUACACACACCGACGGGAGCAGCAGAGGCCCACAGAGGACGCUCCUAAGGAGAUCAUGAUGUAU